AUGAGCAUAGAAGAUGUAAUGUUGGAAGCCCAUAAAUUGGGGUAUCAUAUAGAUGAAAAAACAGUGAAACAUAAUUUUGAGUAUUUUAAACAUAACCUAAACAUGUGUGUAUGUGCAAAUUGUUAAUGUGGAAAUUGUUAAUGCAGGAAUCCCAGAUUUUAAUUGGCUACAAGUUAUAGAAAAAUGUCCUUAACACCUAAAGUCAGUGUAAAAGAUACUCCUAUCACUAUAAGUCCAAGUUUUUAUUAGACAUUUGAGAAUUCUUAUAGGUAGAUGCAAGGUCUCCCAAAUUAAUUUGUUACAAGCAAUUAAAGGUAAUAUAGAGGAUUCAGUCUGGCUGAUACUCCUGUGAGAUCUGCUAAAUCUGGAGUGGCAAACUCUAUUUCUUUUGAGGGGAAUACCAGUUAUAAACAGUUCUUUUAAGAUAAACCUCAAUAAAAGUAUUUGCAAUUCAAGAGACCAUAUGAAAAGCAUACAGGUCCUUUAAAAAUAAAAUUAAAGGGCUUAUUAAAGGCUUAAGAUAGAGUCCUAAAGAGCUAAUGCGGAUUAAAAUUAGAGGGAUCAAAUUUUUAGAGUCAAUUUAUCGAUUCCAAUGAAUACGAUUUAUUAAUCUUCUUUUAAAGAGAUUGGUCAUUUAAGUUAAUCAUUAGGUAGAGAAGAGUGUAAAAAGAGGAAAUAAGAGAAUCUUUAAUGCAUAAAUCAAAUUACGUUGCCUUUUUAAGCGAAAUCAGUUUCAAACUAAUAGUAUAGAAAUAACCCUCUGUUUUUUUGUCCGGCUAAAUUAUAAAAAUAUUAAUGAAUACUUAUAAUUUAUAAUCAAGAGUAAAUCAAGAAAUUUAAAGAGCUCUUUGCAAUGUUUUACAAGGAUAGAUUAGGAACCAUUUCAAAAAUGAAAUCUGUAAUCUGAUGAAAGAAUGUGGAGAAAUCCUACACCUUAAUAUUGAAGAAAAUGACUUAAAGAAGUAGAUGUUGAUGGAAAUGGAGAUGUGGAUUUUUUGA